AUGGAGUCAGGACUCGGUGGAGCCGAUUGUUUACUAUGUACUUCGCGGAGAAGCGACUGGAAAGAUCUCAAGAAACUCGUAGAUUUUGAUUGUUUUGCAAUUGACCGCACUGCGGCAAAAACACUCGAUCUUUACAAACAAUUACUUAAAGACGACGGCGAAAUUGAAAAGUCUAAAGAUGAUUACAAUACAAGACAGGGCCUCAUUAGUAAACCUCUCUUAUCCUCUGACCAGCAUUUUAUUACUAUCACCCACCAGUAUAUUAAUGGAGUCACCUGGAUACUAAAAAUCAUUUAUCAUCUUCGUAGCUCUGUAUUGAACUGGAGUGAAAGGGGAGUGAUAAAAGAACAAAUUAAUAAAGCACGUGAACUUGUGUUGAAUGAAAUUGAGAAGGCAACCGGCUUUCGACUGGAUAAGUGUGAAUUAACCGGAAAUUCCGGCACUUCAACUACCGGUGGCCAAGGCCGGCGCUUUUUUUCUUUUGAAUUACGGAAGGCAAUUGUGAAAACGGUUCGUUCCAAUUAUCAAAAAUCAUUUGAAAAACUUCUCCAGCUCUACUCGGUAAUUUUAAGAGCUGUUUCGUCUACUGAAAGUGUAGACGUGCCAAAGUUCAGGCAGCUGACUGUGGACUUUUCUGUUUUAAUUGCAAAAGAGUUUCCGUGGAUUGAUUAUUCAAUGACAACUCACAGUCUCAUUUUCCAUUCAGCCGAACUUAUUUUCCGUAACAACAGUAGAGGACUUGGCGAAAUCUCAGAGGAUGCUCUUGAAUCAACUAACAAAGAUGUUCGCAACUUCCACUUAGACGGGUUUUGGUUGGAGUUACCGAAAAAGUUAUUUGAAGUGACAAAGUCUCCACAGCAAAUCUCCCCAAGUGCUGGAACAGUUGAAGCUGUGAACGGUGUUUGA